UUCAGCGCGCGCUCCCGCUCGCGCUCGACGCCGCGCUCGCGGACGCGCGAACGCGAAGACUCUCUCUCGCGCGUCCCUCAUGCCCGGCUUCACCGCCGCGCGCGUCGCGCGCGCGUGUCCCCGCUCAAACUGCGACGCUUUCCGGCACCGCCGAACGCGCGCGCGCGCGUCCUCCACCGCGCGCGCGCCGACGCCGCGCGCGGCCGUAAAGGUGACGUUCAUCUCCGAGGACGGUAAAUCGGCGCCGGUGACGACGACGGUGGAGAAACCGGAGGUGCUGCGAACCGUCGCGUUGGACGCGAAGCGCGAGCUGUACGCGGGCGUGAACAAAUUGCUCAACUGCGGCGGCAUGGGCAACUGCGGCACGUGCGGCGUCGACGUUCUCCGAGGCGGCGAAUUUCUGAGCGAGCGCACCGACCCCGAGGCGCGAAAGCUCAGCGCUGGAAAGUUGAAGGAGAGUUGGCGGUUAUCGUGUCAGUGCGUCGUCGACGGCCCGGACGGCGCCGAGCUCGAGGUCGCUUUGCGUCCGAAGAAGUGAAGCCGCGACGAUUUCGAGCGUCGUCACGCGCGUUCUUUUAACCGCGACGCAUUUAGGCGCCUCGUUUCUCGUCGUUUCCCGUCGACGCGGCGCCUCGUCCCGCACUCGUCGACUCGCUCGACGCGUCAUGGCGCGUUCGCGCGUCGUCGACGCCCCGUCGUCGACUUCGCGCGACGACGCGCCGUCGUCGACGACGAACGCGUCCGCGCGCUUCGUCGCCGGAUGCGCGUCCGGCGCGGUGUCGCGGAUCGCGACGCAGCCGUUGGAGGUGCGACGGCUGCGCGUGAUGACGGGUCGCGGUUCCAACGAAUCCACGUCCCUGCGCGCCAUCUAUCGCACCGAGGGCGCGUCCGCGCUGUUCGCCGGCACCAAAGCCUCGGUCGCGCGACACGCGCCCGCGAAAGGGUUGAACUUUUUGGUCUUCGGCGCGGUGAAGGAGGCGCUGCGGCGCGCUCGAGCCGCCGCGGGGACGUCGACGUCGAACGCGGCGCGCGCGAGCGACGCGCUGAUCUCGGGCGCGGUCGCGGGAUUGUCGUCGCUCGCGCUGUUGUACCCGCUCGACUCGUUGCUGGUGCGACAGGCGACGGGCGGGCCGAGCGCGGCGACGCUCGGCUUGGGACGCGGGUUGCGUAAAAUUUUUCGCGACGAAGGCGCGCGGGGCCUGUACCGAGGCGCGUUACCGGCGGCGAUAGCCGUCGUUCCCGAGGCCGCGAUCACGUUCGGGAGUUACGAUUUAAUGCGCGAUUGGUACGGCCGUCGCGCCAAGUCCGCCGCUCGCUCCGCCGCCGCCGCCGCCGCUCCGAGCCUCGCGUUCGGCAUGAUCAGCGCCGCGUGUGGUCAAGCCGUGAGCUUUCCCCUCGACGUCGUCUCCCGUCGAAUGGUCGUCGAGCGCGGCGGUUUUCUCGCCGUCGCCCGCGCGUUAUUCCGCGACCGCGGUCUCCGCGGUUUCUACGCCGGCCUUCGCGCGACGACCGUGAAAACCAUCCCGAUGAGUUCGCUCAGUUUCUUCGCGUACGAGUGCGCGAUGCGCGCGCUCGCGCCCGGAGACGCCUGAAACGAUCGCCUAAAACAAAACAAACUCCCUCUAGCCACCCAGCCAAAUUCCAAAGUUUCCCGCGCGAAAUCGACACCGCGAUGUACAUAGGGAU